AUGGCUGCCAAAUGGUCGAUGCUUGAGCAGCAGGCUCUCUCCAUAGAGAACAAUGCCUCCAAGACUGGGUCAACGGCGGAUCUUGAGGCUACAAUCAACAGCGUUGAGCUGUACCUUCAAGCCCUCCGGCUGGUCGAUACCCCUUCAGAUCGCAAAAGGCUCGACACCAAGUGUAAGGAACUUCUAGCACGAGCUGAAAAGAUCAAGAAUGGAUCAUAUACCUGUUCGACGUCGUCCAACAGGGUCCUGGUCAGACGUGAACUCAAGGCGCCUGUUUCGGCUCGCAAGCUUACAACAAGAGAAAACAUCAUAAUUCUCGAGGGCUCAAAAUUGAAUGGUUUUAUUUUCAAGCCUUGGACAAGUGCACCUGGUCCCGAUGAAUUCCUGCUACGAGAAGGGCAAGAACCAUUCACUGAUUCGCCGCUUCUUCCACUUUCUUCAGAGCAACUGGAAACCUUUGGUGGCUGGAAACGGGCGGACGAUGCUAUUUCUUCCAUGAGCAACAGAACUACUGAACAGCAUUCUCCCGUCAAAGCGAUGAUGCACACUAAUGAGCCAAUGGACCUUGUCCAGGACUUGACAUCUGACUGUUCAGUAGUCGCAAGCCUAUGUGCGGGUAUCUCCCGAGUUCAAGCCGGUCACCCCAAGAUUCUUCGUUCGAUUGUACACCCAUAUGACUUUGAAAAUGACCAGAUUUCCUUUUCCCCGAACAGGAAAUAUAUUUUGAAACUAUACUUCAAUGGCUGUUGGCGUAGGGUCGAAAUCGACGACUUUCUACCGAGCUCAAAGUCCUCCCGAGUGCUUCAUGUCAUAGACCGUCGAAAUCCUGGCUUAUUAUGGCCAGCACUGGUCGAAAAGGCCUAUCUCAAAGUACGAGGAGGCUACGACUUCCCUGGAAGUAACUCUGGCACUGAUCUUGCAGUCCUCACCGGUUGGUUGCCUCAGCAGGUAUUCUUGCACGAUGAAGGAGUUGAACCGGAUCGUCUGUGGGAAGAAAUCGCCACUAAUUUCACCGAGGGGAACGUGCUGAUCACCAUUGGCACCGGCAAACUACCAAGCCGCGAGCAGAAGUACCUUGGACUUGCAGCAGAACAUGACUAUGCAGUCUUGGCUCUAUCAUCCAACAAAGAUGUUAGGGAAAUUCUAGUAAAAAAUCCCUGGGCGGAUGGUGAUGUCUGGAAAGGUGCGUCAAGAAGAAGACCCAAUCAAGAGGACGGAAGUGGAUCCACAGCAGACGAAGAAAUGCUCCCUGGGACUUUCUGGAUGGAGUUCAAUAGCAUGUUCAACUAUUUCGAAAAUAUGUAUAUCAACUGGAACCCUGGCCUUUUCGCUAACCGGGAAGAACUUCAUUUUUCCUGGCAACAACAAGGCCUCGAUCAAAGCGGAAACAUUCUGGUAGACAAUCCUCAGUUCGCGAUCACCGCAGGGAAAGAUUCAGAAGUCUGGAUAUUAUUGAGCAGACAUUUCAGAACAGGGGAUUAUUCUCAAGAAACCGUUGGGAAAAAUGGCUACAUCAGCAUCUAUCUGUAUGAGCGCCAUGGGUGGAGAGUGCUAGCGAGUGGUAGUGCAAAGAUACGGGGCCCUUUUGUCGACUCCCCGAACACUCUAUUGAGGUUCAAGGCCACAGCACGGACUGCUUAUACUGCUGUCGUGGUUUUCCAAGAACUACCUCCUGGUAAAAUGAAUUUUACUCUAUCUGCGCUCUCAAAGGGCCCAGUCACGGUUUCGGAAGCUCGACUUCGUUAUCCUGAAAGAUCUAGCAUCAAGUCAUCAUGGCAUGGAUCAACCGCUGGCGGCAACUCGGACUCUCCCAACUACCUGGCCAAUCCACAAUUUCGGAUACGACUCUCGAGCAAGCAGCGCUUGGCGUUACUUCUUCGCGUCAAGUGCGACGAAAAACAGGAAUCAAACAUUCAUGUUAAAAUGCUGCUUGUGUUCAGCGAUGGCUCAAGAAUUGUGCGCCUGCGACCGAGAGAUGUGCUCGCACACUCAGGGGACUAUCGGCGUGGGAGUGCCUUUUUUGAGACAGAAUUAGAUAGUGGCAAUUACACUAUCAUCUGCUCAACUUUCGACCCCAACCAGCACGCUGAUUUUACGCUUGAACUCUACUCCAACGAGAAUACUCCGUUGAUCCAACUACCCCCUGACGGCAGUGGCCGACUCAGUAUCAGAAGCGCACCAGCGGUCUUCGAUACGAAUACGGAUCGACUUCUGGCUCCUCUGACUAUUAAGAGGAUGAGUCGUGUGACUGUUAUAGCGCGACAUGAAACGCCACCUGCAGUCGCACAGUCACUAUUUAAAAUGACGCUUGAACAAGGUCAAGGACCGUACAAGCAGGUGCUGGCGAGCAGCAAAUUUGACAAUGAAGAGUUUACUAGUGUCUCUGCCGGAAUACGUGUCGGGGAUGUAGACCUUCAGCCUUCCAUGUGCAGCCCGGGAACUGGUGGUCUGUGGCUAGUACUGGAACGACUGAGUCAAGGGCAAGCUUCUCCCCGAGUUGAGACUCUUGAAGUUGAAGUAUUCACAGAUGAGAAACUCGAGAUGGGCCCAUGGGGUUUGGGAGAAGGGUAGGCUGAAACCUUUUAGAGAUACUUUGCAAUGCACAUCUUCGACAUCGGUUAGUAUCACAUUCCCUGGCUGCUCCUCGUUCAAGUUGAACGAAAACUGCAUAUCCCGGUUAUUGCGUUGCGCACUACCAAAAAAU